CUGUUUCUUUUAUACUUACAAUUCCUCAUGCAGCUGCUUACGACCCAUUGGAUCCGAAUGGGAACAUUACAUUGAAAUGGGAUGUCAUAUCCUGGACUUCCGAUGGUUAUGUGGCAGUUGUGACGAUGAACAACUUUCAAAUGUACCGGCACAUCAUGAGCCCUGGCUGGACCUUAGGAUGGGUAUGGGCAAAGAAAGAGGUGAUCUGGUCCAUGGUUGGAGCACAAGCCGUUGACCAAGGAGACUGUACCAAGUUUAAAGGAAACAUACCACAUUGUUGUAAGAAAAAUCCUACAGUUGUUGACUUGCUCCCUGGUGUCCCCUACAACCAACAGAUUGCCAAUUGCUGCAAAGCUGGUGCUGUGGCAUCAUGGGGUCAAGACCCUUCAGCUGCUGUCUCUUCCUUCCAGCUGAGUGUUGGGCGCUCUGGAACUUCCAACAAAACCGUCAGACUACCAAAGAAUUUCACUUUGCUUGGUCCAGGACCAGGCUACACUUGCAGCCAAGCAAAGAUUGUGCGAUCUACAGUUUUCAACUCACCUGAUGGUCGUCGAAAAACUCAAGCGCUGAUGACUUGGAAUGUGAUAUGUACUUACUCACAGUUGCUGGCGUCUCGCUACCCGACCUGUUGUGUCUCUAUGUCAUCAUUUUACAACUCUACAAUCACUCCUUGUCCAACUUGUGCCUGUGGUUGCCGAGACAAAAAUAAAUGCAUUGUGAGUGAUUCAAAGUUGUCGAGUGUUGUGGGAAUACACACACCAACAAAGGAUAACACCCCGCUGCUUCAGUGCACACAACAUAUGUGCCCAAUUCGGGUACAUUGGCAUGUGAAAACAAACUACAAGCAGUAUUGGCGUGUGAAGAUUACCAUAACUAAUUUCAACUACCGGUUGAAUUACACGCAGUGGACGCUUGUGGUUGAACAUCCAAAUCUCAACCACAUUACGGAAGUUUUUAGCUUUGUCUACAAGCCCCUGACCCCAUAUCAAUCCAAGAAUGACACUGGUUUGUUUUACGGCACAAAAUUCUACAAUGACCUCCUAAAAGAAGCUGGGCCAGAGGGAAAUGUACAAUCAGAGUUGAUUCUUGAGAAGAAUGCAAACACAUUCACAUUCAAGGAGGGUUGGGGUUUCCCUCGUAAGGUCUAUUUCAAUGGGGAUGAAUGCAUGAUGCCCCAACCUGAUGAAUUCCCAGGUCUACCAAAUGCUGCCCAUGCAAAUCUAAUUACAGUACCAAAAUUGGCUCUCUUUUGGCUUCUGAUGUUUCUGGCUUUUCCCUGAUGAUCAUUUUAACAGAAGAUUGAAACAGGAGCAAUGCCAUAUGAACAUCAAAACACUUAUUAUAAGGUUCUUGUGGUGGGUUAAUGAAGUUGAUGUGAGUACGUAAGUGUUAUAUAUAAAUUGCUUGAACCUGUGUAUAAAAGAAACCAAUUCCUUGCCUGAUAAGGUAGAGAAGGCCAAAAAACAAAAGACCAAACUAUAUG